AUGUCUCUUGAGGAACCUUUUUUAAAUUCAAUUAUAACAGACUUGUUUUCCCCAAAUACUUCGCGGAUUGACAGCAACCACACUUCUGCCGCCAUGGAACACUCCAUGCUGUAUACCUGUGGGAUUGCAAUUGCUAUCGUUUAUGGGAUCAUUAUAAUUGUUGGACUCAUUGGCAAUAUAACGCUCAUCAAGACGUUUUGCAGGAUGAAAUCCAUGAGAAAUGUCCCGAACCAGUUCAUAUCUAGCCUUGCACUGGGAGACAUACUCCUUCUCGUUACCUGCGCACCGGUGGACGCCAGCAGGUACCUGACGGACGAGUGGCUCUUCGGCAGAGUCGGCUGCAAACUAAUUCCGUUCAUCCAGCUCACAUCGGUUGGUGUGUCUGUUUUCACCCUGACGGCACUAUCCGCGGACAGGUACAAAGCCGUGGUCAAACCAAUGGACAUACAGGUGUCGAAUACCACCGUGAGAAUCUGCGUCAGAGCGGUAGCCAUCUGGAUCUUCUCUAUGACCCUGGCCAUUCCCGAGGCCAUCUUCUCCGACCUGCACGCCUUCAGCAUCGCCGAAACCAACGAGAGCUUUGUGACCUGCGCUCCCUACCCCAGCGCCGGCGACCUGCACCCCAAGAUCCACUCCAUGGCCUCCUUCCUGAUCUUCUACAUCAUCCCCCUCUUCAUCAUAUCCGUCUAUUAUUUCUUCAUCGCGUGCAGCCUGAUUAGGAGUGCCAACAGUAUACCCACGGAGGGCAACGUUCACAUCAGAAGACAGAUGGAGUCCAGGAAGAGGCUGGCGAGGAUGGUGCUGGUUUUCGUGGUCCUCUUCGCGGUGUGCUGGCUCCCCGCCCACAUGGUCUAUCUGUACCGCUCCUACCACUACUCCGAGGUGGACACCUCCCUGCUCCACUUCGUCUCUAGCGUGUCCGCCCGCAUCCUGGCUUUCGCCAACUCCUGCGUCAACCCCUUCGCCCUUUACCUGCUCAGCAAGAGCUUCCAAAAGCAGUUCAACAAGCAGCUCUGCUGCUGCCGCCCCCCUCUCAUCAUUCGCUCCCAGAGCAGGGGGCGGAGCACCACCACCCAGGUGACCUUGCCCAAGAGCACCAAUCACUCUCUAGCGACCUUUAGCCUCGUCAACGGCCACCCUCUCUGUCAGGAAGCGUACAUGUAG